AUGUCUCAAAUUCAUCCUGAACUUUUGAAUUCCAACCAUCCUCCCUCUCAUUCACCUCUCCACAACAACAAUAACAAUAACCCUUCUUCAAUAGCCACUCUUCAUGAUGGAAACUCCCAAACACCUCUCAUCCCAUCUUCUUCCAAAACGCAAGAACAGAAAUUCUGUUCCCAAUUCUUACUCGUAAGGCUCAUUGAAAAACUUCCAUUUUCUGUAAAAUUACUCGGUCCUUCCCUUGUACUUGUAUUCAUUGUUCUUGUAUUCUCAUGGAUCAUUGUAUCGUUGAUAGCGAGAGAGGUUCAUUCUUCAGCAACCUUAACUGCUCGUUCCAAAUGGACGUUCUUCAUAUCGGAGCUUGUGUAUUGUACAUUGCAAGAACGAACGCUCAUGACAUUUCUAGUGGCCUCCUCUGUUUCUGGGUCCACACUACCUGAUGAUAUGUUCAAUCAGUUAUUCAAUGUAAGAAAUCAGACAGAUGAGGCUCUAAGAACAUUGUUAUCAUUAACAAAUAAUGAUGUCAUACCUUCUUCUCAAUACAUUGAAACCUUUCCAAUCGCAUUGAGCAGGGCACGACAGAAUUGGACCUCAAUGUCGCCCUCUUCUGUCUAUGAAAGUAUAGCCUUCUUUAACGAAUGGAAUUCAAUGAUGAUUUCCUCAGUGAUUGCAUUGAAUGCAUAUAUUCAAGAUCCAUCAUAUUCUUUGCUACAUGGCUCCUUGUAUCAUUUACUUUACAUGAAAGAAUUGACAGGACAACAACAUGCGAUUGGAAAUAUUCGUGUCAUGAGGAAUUUAACUGAACGACUGCAAGACGAACAAGUCAUGAUUCAGAAUCAAGCGAAAUUUUCUUUAUUGCAAAGCCAAUGGAUGGCCUCCAACAAUCUGGAGAUUUGGAAUACGUUCAAGCAAAGUGUCCUUGUUAAUAGUUCUUUAUUGCUGUCUGAAUGGAACAAUAAUCUAACACAACAAGUGUUAAAUAUUCAAAAUGUUGAAACGCUGACCAAACAACUGACAGAAGCAUAUAUUUCUUCAGUACAUCAACGAAAUAUUGGCCUUUUAGUUCUCUGGAUGGUUAUGGAUCUUUUGAUUGUGGUAUUUUGCAUUUGGAUUUCCCUUCAAUUUUCUCAUUCCAUUCAACUGUCAUGGAACAAUUUACAAGAAAUCGUUCGUCGACAAGAGCUAUACAAAAGCUUUAUUCCUUCUCAUGUUCUACUACAAUUGGAAGGUAAUAAUGAGGAGGAGAAUGUCGUUGAGGAGACCGAAGUACGUGCCUCAAAAGAUGAUGUCAAAUCGAAAGCUUCCAAUACCGAAAGCAGUACCAUUGACUCCAUUGACAUGAAACAUCACAACAACAAACCAAAUUUAGCAGCUAGAUUUGAAUUAUAUCUGGAUCGAAAACGAAUUUCCAUGCUUCAACUCAAAUUCAAAGGUAUAGAAGAAAUUUUAGAUUUUAUUGGACCCAACGAAAUUGUGGAAAUACUCAAAGACGUGUUCGAGAGAAUUCAAUACGCUUCAAAAGCAUCUCAUGGUCUUCUCGAGUUGUGGAAAGAUGACAGUGUCACAAUCGUUUUCAAUGCCUCCAAAGACCAAGCUCGACAUGAACAACGAGCCCUCAAAACAUGUAUGGAAUUGAAAUAUCGAUUGACAGACAUGAAAAAAUCGAAAUGGUUAAGCAAUAUCAAAGCUCAGUAUUUAAUUUUAGCCAGUUCUCAUUUAGAAUUUCAAUUCGCUGUUCAUUCUCAAGAGUGCUUGUGUGGAAAUAUUGGAUCUGCUGAUUUGAGAUCUUUCAAAAUUUUAGGUUCCAUCUAUGAAAAUCUUUCUCGAUUAAUUUCUUUUGCAGAUCGAAUGGAAGUCAAAGUUGUUUGUGAAGAAUCCAUCAGCAAAUUAGCGAGAACUUUUUUUCACACAAGAUACAUUGGUGAAACUGAAUUAAUGGAAGAAGGAAAUAUUGAACAAACGAGUCAAGUAUUUGAAUUGGGUGCUCCUCUUGAUGUCUCUGAAGAUGAAUGGUUGUAUGAAUUGGCAAACAAACAAAAGAAUGAUGAAUGGAAGGAUUACAAUGAAGCGUGUAAGGAAUUUUUUGCUCGUAACUACACAGUGGCACUGUCCAAGUUUUUGGAACAUUCCAUCAAGCAUAGAAAUGACCUUGCAACUGAAAAUAUGAUUGCUCUAUGUCGAAAACAUUCCAGAUAA